ACUAAUCGUAAAUAAUAAACAUUUAAAAUUAUAAAAGCAUGUUGGAAUAAUAUGAUAUCACAGAGUACAUUAGAAUUGUAUAAUUAAUUGAUAUAUUUUUACUCUAUCAAAUAAAUUGAUUAGUGAUUUUUUUCAUGUUUAUACAAAAAAUAAUUUAUUCAUUGAUAUUGUCGCAUGAGGACAAUAUAACAUAAUAGUUGAUAGACAAUUUAUUAUAAACAUAGGAUAAUAGAUAAAUAAAUAUAGUAAUAAAAUUUGUUUUGCUUCUCACAUAUUAUAUUAAAUUUUAAUAUUUUAAAAUUUUGUUCAUUAUAAUCACUCUAUUUAAGCAGGGCAGGGUGGCUUUUAUUUCAAUAAAUAGAUAUCAUUUGAGAUAAAUUUUUGAUUGAAAAAGAAUAAGUCUAUCUGAUUGAGGAGAGAUAUAAGUUUGCCUAUAAUAAAUAUUAUGAUGACCUUGACCUUGAACAGGCUGCAAGUUAAGACGUAUUUUGAAGCGUCUUUAGUCGGGUAUAAAUAGUUAAAUAUGAUAGACAUUGAAUAUAUAAUUAAACAGCUAUAAAAUAUCAAAGAAUCAUGCUAUCGUAUUUAAAGUCGAAACAUAUUAUACAAAUGUAACUUAAACAAAUGGAGCGAUUAAAUAAUAUAUAUUACGCACAAUAUGCGAAUAAACAAUACGCGAAUGAGCCUGUUUACGAUUCAGAUAAUAAACGAAUAGACAAUUGUGAUGAAUCUAAAUACAUGCAAUUAAGAAAUAAGAAGGAAACAUUAUAUGAAGAUUGGUUAAUACAGCGAUAUGACUUGGAAAAAAUAUAUCAGAAAAGAGUGAAAGAUAUACUAAUACAAUCGGGCAAGAAUUUUGUAAAAUAUAUAUGCAAGUAUAAAGGGAACAGCGAAAUACUUGGCACAGAUAUUUUUAAAUUCAAGAUAACAAUUGUAUAUUGUAGUUUCCGCUGUAAAUGGUACAUCAGUCCAGGUUAUUCUUUUGUACCAGAAGUGAUCGAUCUUAAUGAUAAACUUAAAUCCGGCACAUAUCAUCCUAUCUCUGAAAAAAUAUUGGAUAUAAUUUAUGAAAUACAACGAUCAAUAGAUGCUUACAUGAAUCGCUUUGCCAUUGUACACCAAUUUAUGUAUAAUGCGAGAAGAAUUUAUAAGGAUAUGCAAUUUUUCAUUAAUUCUAAUGCCAUUUCAGAAAUAGAAUUAAUAUUUACAGAAAACGCAUGGCCAAGCGGUCUGCGAAAAUUAAACAUCAGAGAUACGAUUGUCGUAAAACUAACGUUAAAUGAGGAUAUUCAAGUUUGCAAUAUCACCUACGAGUAUAUACGCACGAGUAUAACAUCGAAAGAUAUAAAAGAAGAUAAUGAUAAAUUAAAAUUAAAGUUGAAAAAUUUUUACAAUUUUCCCUUAGAGAUGGCAUUUAAAAGAUUUAUGGAGGAAGAAAAUUUUCAUAUAGAACAAGAAAAUUUAAAGGCCAGAAUGUAAAGGAUUGUUAUUACAGAUUAUUGUCAUAGAUGUAAUGUGUAUUUAUUUAAAUCUAUAUAAAAUUUUCUCUAUAUUCACAUUUUCUACAUUUAUAUUAUUAAUGGAUAGAAUAAAUUGAUUUAUAUAGUAAAUUGAUACAACUAUUAAAUUUAUCUUACAUUUUUUGAUUUAUAAUACAUUGUUCGGAUUCGAAAUAUUUUUUUUUUAUAUGACACACAAUAUUAUUAAAAUAUAUAUUUAAAACCUUUGUUGAAAUACAUACAAAUACAUGAAAAGGUUGUCAUGUACGAAAAUAUUGCCUCUAAAUGAUAAAUAGUACUUGAAAUCUUAUAUAUUUUC